AUGGAGGAAGACGAGGAGUUGUCUCUCCCCAACAGGAAAACCCGUCGUCUUGUUCGACCGCAACUCGAUGACAGCGAUGACGAGGAGCCCUUGAGUUCUUCCUCGUCCUCGUCCUCCUCUGCCUCUUCUGCGUCUUCUUGUUCUUGGAGCAAGGGAGGGGAGGGAGUUCGGCGGCGUGAAGCAGAGGAAGAGCGCGAGAGGUCGGGCGACUCUCACGGCGCGGCGCACGAAGACGACGCCAACCCCGUCGCUGGUGCUUCACCUGUGGCGGUUGCAAGAAAGGAGAAGAAGAAACGCUGGGUGAAGAGAGAUGAGAGCGAGAAGGAAGAGAGCGAGAAGGAAGAGAGCGAGAAGAACGAGCAUGAGGACGCAGGAAAAGAUUCGGGUCUUGAUGACUGGAAUUCCUUUGCAGCUGAGAUGCGAGAGGGAGAGGAAGAAAGCGAGGGAGAAGUUAAGAGGCGCGGGAAAGAGCGAAGGAAGAAGGACAAGAAGAAGCGGCUGGAACUGCUCCGGCGGAAACUGAAGCAGAAAGACGGCAGGAAAAAGAGCAGAAAACACAGAAAAUGUGGCAGUAGUGGAGACGACGGCUCGUCCCCAGACGAGGAUUCUGAAGAGAGUGCGAGUUCGAGCGACGGAAGCGUAGAGAACAGUGCAACCGAAUCCUCCGCCUCUUCACUGCUCUCCUCUUCGGACGAGGACGAGAACGCGUCAGGACUAUCGGACGACUCUUCGCCCCCAGGAAAGGGCUGCGGGAAAAGGAGUCGGAGACAGAGACGGCGUGCGGGAGGCUCUCGAGGCGAGAAGCUGAGAGAAGACGAGAGCGACGGCGACAAGCAGUUCGCCGAAGAUGACGAGACAGCUGCAUGCACACUCGAAGACGCCCUCGCCUGGUGUUUCGACUCCAUCGUGAACGAGGAAGAACAGGGAAACCCCUUUGGAAGAAAAAACGUUUCUCCAGAUGAUCUGGCCUUUCUUCGCCGCGUCGAGCACCUACGCUGGGAUGACGAACUCACACUCGGCGGGGCUCGACCUCUGCUGGAGGCUUUCGAUUAUCAGACGCCGAGGCCUGUCGUGACACCACAAGUCAGUGUGUUGACGAAGGAGCAGAAGGCGAUUGUUUUUCUUGAUUUCCCGAACGAGAUGUACAAGACCGAGUACCUUCACUUACGCGUGUUUGACUGGAAGUCGCGGCGCGUGAUCGUCGCAAAUCUCCUCAAGUGCGCUGCGCAGCAGCUGGCGGCGUGGCGCGACUUUGAUAGCUGGUUGCAGGAGACGAAACGGUUUGGCGCCACGCGCGAAGAAAAAAUCAACAAAAUGUUCCAGUGCCGGGUCGCGGAACCUCGGGGCUUGAGGAAGCUUCAACAUCUCCUACUGAGAGCCGAACAGUGCGGCCUGGUCGAGCGGAACAAGUCUCUCAGCCUUCGUCGCUGUUUGAACAUUCCUGCGUCUCUCCUCGCCCAGACCGAUCGGAAACAAACAGUUCCCUCGGGCGGAGUCAAGGCCGAACAGGAAGAACAGGCAGAAGCGUCGCCUGAACCUGCGGAGGUUAAGGGUUCGCAGACUGCUUCGGAUGCGGCGACUCCUCCCUCUGUCUCGCCUCUGACAGCGAGCGCUUCCAUCGGUUCCCUGUCCUCGCCGUCGGCGUCCGCUCCCUUCUCAUCCUUCUCCGUCCUUGGCGAGAAUGGCGACUCUCUGGCGCCUCCAGGCAGCGACAACGCUUUCCUGGCCGACGCUGGGGGGCUGUUUGCUGGCGAAGAUCUCUUGUUCAACGACGACGACAGUUCGCUCUUUGACGGAUUCGACCUAACGAGCCGGUGGACUGCCUCCGCCGAGGCCAAAGCUCCUGGUGGCUGGGGCGCCCUCAAACGGACAGUCAACGAAGGAAACUCGAACGGAAAAACCGUCAAAAGCCGCGACCAAAUUGCGAAGGAAGUGGAAGACAUGAAGAUGCGAGAAAAGGAACUGAAGAGACAGCGGCGAGAACGGCGCGACGAGGAGAAGAAGGACGCGCGCAUCCUGGCGAUGAAACACCAGUGGAGAGAGUUGCAGAGAAUCGCAAGAUGCACGCACGAAGGGCCGCGCUUCCAUCAUCCUCGCGAAGAGGAACACGUGAAAGGCCAGGAAGAGUAUACAUCCAAAUUCCGGGUCUUUGCUCGAGAAGAACUGGUGUACAUCCGCCCGCCGCAGGAGGUUCACAACAAACAACGCGAGGCUCUCGACCUCUACCUGGCUCAGCUGCGGCGCAUGCCGCAACUCAUGGAGGCUCCUCACAAGUUGAAAUUGGCUGCGAAGUUCGGGCUCAUCUCGCUGCAGUCGAGCUCGGCGGACGCGCUGGAGGCUCCGACUGUGAAGAGGCUGAAGGCGAACGCGCCGUGGCUAGCCGAAAAAGACGAGCAAGAGAAGGCCUGGAAAGACCUCGCGACUGCGCUCGGUCAGGAGCCCUGGAACGUCCCGCUGCACUUCAUUCCUGCGUCCAUACAGCCGCAGUGGAGCGAGAAGAAAAAGCAGGAAGAGGAGGCACAGAAACGGAGAGAGGAGCAGAAAGAAGAACAGAGGAGACAGGAACUCGCUGCCAGUGCCCUUGACAGACCAAGAAGUCGCAGCAGCAGUCCUCUCAAAACAAAACUCCCCACGCCUUCCCCUUCGUCUUCUUCCCCUUCGUCUCCCUUGAGCGUUUCAAAGAGAAGACACAAAGUUUGUGCCUUUUCAGCUGCGUCGCCUGCGGGGCCUAGACGCGGCGUAUCUUCGGAGACCCCGUCGGCUCUGGCUACGCCUCAGAGCAAGAAAAAACAUCUGCUAAGGCGACACAGCUCCGGCAGUCUCCACAACUCUUCCUCGUCCUCGCCUUCUUCCUCUGCGCCUUCCUCUUCGUCUUCCUCUGCGCCUUCCUCUUCGUCUUCCUCUGCGCCUUCCUCUUCGUCUUCGUCUGCGCCUUCUUCUUCCGCUGCGCCUUCCUCUUCGUCUUCGUCCUCUUCGUCGUCGUUGCGUUCUGAGGAGGUUUCCACUCAAAGCGCAGGCCGGCAGGAGCACGAAAUGCCGAGAAUCUCGGAGCCGAACGAGGUGGAGGAUGAACAGGCGAGCCGAGACGGUGCAAUGCUCCUGGAGGCACGCGGAGAAGCGAAGGAAGGUGAGAAAGGGGCGAAGAAAGGUGAGAAAGGGGCGAAGGAAGGUGAGAAAGGGGCGAAGGAAGGUGAGAAAGGGGCGAAGGAAGGUGAGAAAGGGGCGAAGGAAGGUGAGAAAGGGGCGAAGGAAGGUGAGAAAGGGGCGAAGGAAGGUGAGAAAGGGGCGAAGGAAGGUGAGAAAGGGGCGAAGGAAGGUGGCGUCGAAGAAGGGAAGAGUCCUGAGUUUUGCCCCCGAGACUUGCAAACUGAAGAGACCGCAGAAGCGCCAGAAAAGCUUCUCUCCAGCAGACGAGAGGACCAAACGACGCCUCGCCGAGGCGUGCGAGAAGGCUGUCCUCAAGACGAGGUAGAAGAAAGGAAAAGCGGCGACGAGGGAGGCAGCGUGCGAGACACGAAGGGAGACGGGAAGGAGAUUGUUGCCGAGAAUGAAGACGUGACGAUGGAAAGCGACAAACCGGCAGAAGUCGCGCCACCAACCCUGCUCUCUCUAGCCGAGAAUCGCUCGUCAGCUUCCGCACUGCCUUCCGCUUCUUCCUCCUCGUCCUCUCCGUUGCGGUCUGCGUUGUCUGGGGAGGGUCGAGGUUCGUAUAACAAGCAGAGAGGCCCGCGACAGAUGAAGUUGACGGAGUUGUUUCGGUUCACGCUGGACAGAGCGCAGAAGAGGAAUCGCGCGUUCCCGUCUCGCGCGGAUGUGCUUUUGUCGAGUCUCCGAGGCAGAGAGCCGCCUCGCCCGGCCUUCACUCCGAGCGCAGUGUUGGACGACGACGGCGAAGAACUUGCGAAGCAGCUGAAGAGGAAGAAGAAGCGGAGACUGGUCACGGACGACGGAGAAGAUGAGCGCGGAGAGGGACAGGAAGAAGGCGAGAAGGAAAAGAAACCCGAAACGCAGGAAAAAGAGAGCUCAACAGACCGAACAGACAGUGCUCUGGAGAGAGAGCAGAAGAAACGGAAAGUGACACUACCAGACUCUCAAGAGGAGGAAGAGGAGCAAGAAGAGGCAGAUGGCAAAACAUCCCCAGGAGAGAAGGAAGGCGCCCACGAGAAGAAAACCCCCCCCGCCGAGACGUUUGCGGGACGGCUGCUGGACGAGGCCAGACGCGCGCGGAGGAAGGAAAGAAGAAGACAAAUGAAGGAACUUAUUCGGCAGAUGACGGAAUUCGAGGCGGAGGAGAACGACGAGGAACUCGAGGGAGAUGAAGAGUACAAGUCGGCUCUCGCAGAACUUCGGAGUCGGCUGAUGGAGCCUGAAGAAGACGAGUUGAGUGACAGCGAUGAGGAGUUUCUCGAAGGCUUGUUUGCUGCCAAGGAGGACGAAGUCUUUGAUGCAGAGGUUGAAGACACCGAAGCGAUGCAACGGAAACUUCGCCACGAUCUCGAAGAGCGAGAAGACAAGAUCUACGAGCGUCUCAUUGGCCGCUUCCAGAAAGGCGGCGAAAACGCGGUGGAGCUAACUGAGGCGGAGCGCAGGGAACUCGAAGAGGAAGAGAGAAGAAGAAGGGAGAGGCUGCAGCGGAAGAAACGAGGAGAUGAACACUUGGCGGGCAUUGAACUGGACGACUGGCUGUCUGACGACAGUGAAGACAGCUCGCCUUCGGAGGCCGAGUCUGAAGAAGAGGAAGACCAGGAAUCCCUCGCUGCUCUUUCUUCCCUUUCCAAAUGGUCUUCUCUGGACAAGGUGCCGACCCUCGCUUCUCUCGCUUCUGCCUCUUCUCUCGCUUCUCCGGCUUCGCUCGCGUCUCUCUCCAAUCCUUCGCUGCUGGUUUCGCAGUGCCGGGAAAACGCAGAGAGGCGCAAGAAGGUUCUCGAGCGGCGCAAGAGGAAGGCUGGAGACCGAGAGAGAGAGAAAGGCCCAGCGCUGGGCAACAGCCGAAGACUCAGUGCGCGUGGGGAACCCCGCAAAAAUUGCGCUCUCUCUGCGCAUUCUGCCGCGACGGGGCGACGAAGGCAGCGCGACGCGGACAUGGAAGAAGAGGGCGGCGUGGACGGGAAGGAAAACCGCCGGAGAGAAGGCGAGAAAGACGGAAACAGAGUCGCUGGUCUCAUGGACAAGGCCGCCCCAGGUCUCGCCUCGUCCGUGUCGGAGAGAAAUGAGAAGCGAGACGAGGUCGGGCUUCCCCCUUCAGCUGCAGCUGCGCAUGGAUCGAAGAAGGCGAGUGUGUCGAAACAGAAAAACCUUUUCAAAUCGCGUCUCUCGACAGCAAGCGCGUUCUCCGCCUUUGGAGUCUUUGGCUCUUCUAGCCACUCGUGCAGUGUGCGCUUUGCAGACGACGAUAGCAGCUUCGGAAUGCGAGGAGACUUUGAAAACAGCCUCAGCAGCCGAGGACUGCCUGGGGGGGUUCCCAGUCGAGACGCAGCCCCCAGCUGGAGCGGCAGCGCGCGCAAGAGCAAAGCCGAGAAGACGGAAAGAAGUUCGCACUCUGCAGGGGAGAAGAAAAGGUCGACAGGGUUCGCCGGACUCCUAAAACGCUGA